AUGGCAGAACCUGCAACUAAUAACAAGACGUCGCCGUCGUCGUUGAUGAUUCCAGACUGGACUCAGCUCCCUGAAGAGCUACUUGAGUUUCUCACCGAGAAACUUGACAGCUGUUUCGAUGUCGUUCAUGCUCGCUCAGUUUGCAGGGCGUGGCGAUCCACAAUGCCAUUUCCCUGUAGCCUGUUACGCCCAAGUUACUCUCUUCCCAUGCUUCCUAAUAAAAACGUAGGCUUGUGCUCCCUUGAGAAGGUCCCUUUGGUUUUCUUUAGAGUCCCAACUCGUGAUGGUGAUGAUGGUGAUACUGCGUCGGCUUCUGUUUAUUUUAUUGGAGGGAUAAGCCGAGAUGAUUCUGCUGAUUAUAAGGACUUACCAUCUCCUCUUCAGUGCUCAAUGACAGUGAAGAUCCCAGGAGAAUCUGAACCAACCUUGAUGAACAUUUUAGACUGUCAGAUGCUCUCUCUGGGCUAUGAGUACAGAUUGAAAAACUGGAGUCCUGAUGGAGAGAAAACAACUUUAAGAAAUUUGGCUUUUCUUCCGCUAAACAAGGAAGGUGGAGGAGAAUUUGGUGUGCUUCUCUACUUCAAAGGAGAUUUGUUGGUAUUAACAACCCGUGCCGAAAUGAAGUGGAAGCUGCUUGAGAACGUCCCAAAGAAACCAUGCACGAGUUUAGCCACUUUUAGAGGCAGGUUUUAUGCAUCUUUUUAUGACAGAACAAGUGUGGUUAUCGAUCCUGAUUCCCUGGACGUGACUCUCCUGAUUCACUCGGAGCUUGUAGGGUUUUACAAGCAUCUGGUUCCAUCUGGUAUUGAUGAACUUUUCCUGGUUGAAGAAUUCCUUACUACACCGGCCGCAUGUAGAGUGAGUAGGCUAGAUGAAGAGACUGGUAAAUGGGUCGUGGUCACAGAUAUAGGAGGUCGUGUGUUGUUAAUUGAUCAAGAUUGGGAAAAUGUCUGCUGCUCGGCUAAAGAGCUUCCUGAUUGUUGUGGUCUAAGCGGGAACUCAAUUGUGAUCACCGGUGAGCCAGAGAAUGUAGCAAACACCUUUAGAUAUGAAGGAGUUGAGGAAGACGACCUCAAGUUUUGGACAGUAUCAAGAGAGAAACGUGUGACAGUCCUCAGCACAUCUCCGGCGGUGGCUCUCCGGGUUGAGCUUGGACAUUGCCUGGCUUCGUUUUUAGGUAAAGACAAUUGA